AUGGUCCACCUACACCUCCAAAAAACUCACGAUGAUAAAACCCAGAUCCUUCCACAAUGGUUGUUAAAUUUCGAAGAGAUUCUUUUACCAAUCAAGAAACUCUUGAAUUAUGCAGAGAGUGACGUUGGCUGCUUCUGCUACAUCUAUCCAAUGUUUCAAUCGACGAUUGAGCAGUUGACCGGAAUUGCAAAUCGUCCUGAAUUAUCAAGUUCGUCAAAGCGCAUUGCAGAUGCAUUAAUCGCCAACAUGAAUGAAGUUUUUGACAAACAGGGCAACUACGCUUUGAUGAAAUUUGCCUUUGGUCUAACUCCAUGGGGCCGGUCAGUCAUCCGCGCAGAAUUGAACAUGCAUACUGAGUACAAGCCAGACGUUUCACUCUUCUUCCAAGAACCAAUACCUAUCAAUGCUGAACUUGAAAUCCCUCCAAGGAGCUACACCCCUGAUCAUUUGGAUGAAGUGGCAGAGGAUCAAUUGGACAGAAAUCUAGAUAUAGAAGAGCCCGAGAUUGAGAACGAAGCAAUUGAAGGUGAUGGCCAAGUAGAUGCAGAAGACAUUGCUCAGGAUGAAGAAGUUGAAGAGAAUGAACCAAGGAGGAGACUAGGCAGGAACCUUGGUGAAUGGGCGUCUCUGUCAAUGCAAGAAGUGGAAGAGUACAGCUUCAACGAUUUUAUGAUCGAGAUGCUUUCGAGACGUGCAGAAGCAGAAGCGAGGUUCUACAAGAGAAGUUCGGCCAAGAACAUAGCUAAUGAGUACAAGAAAGCUCUUUCCAACUUUAUACAUAUGAAUGAGAGUGAAAUCAGGAACAACACCGACCUCACCUGCUUGGAUCAAAGGUUUUGGGUAGCAUGUGAUGCAAAUUUCAAGGCAUUGAAAGAGAUUGCCUUAAAAUUCAUGUCUAUUGCUGCAACCGAAGCUGAUGUGGAAAGAAUGAUUUCAAUUGUGCGGAACCUGCGUAAUAGGUUUAAUCAAAACGCACGUGAAGAUCUAAUAAAGUGUAGAAUCCUAUUGAAGCUUUUCAUGACAAAUGAAAUCCUGAAAAAGAUAUUUCCAGAUCUGACUGAUCUUUAA